CUCUCCGUAUCUGGUGCAAAUCGACCAUCAAUUCCCCCUCCUUUGUUCAUCCUGGGCAGUAAUACCUCGAGUGUCCAUUCCACGUGAAACACCUUCCUUCAAGCUCGGCCAUUGACUUCGGGUCAAUUGUGACGUCCGUACCUGCUGAGCGUAUCGAGACUCGAGACUUAGCUGAUUAGCUGGAAAAACACACACACAUCCACCAACCGCCGCAAUGGCAGUGGUUGAGAAUGGUAAGCCAGUCAAUGGAAAGCCCAUAGAGAGUGUCAAGGACAGACCCAAUGGCCAUGCUGUUGGCCCUGUCUCACGGCGACCCCGUCAUCGUCGCCAGAGUUGGACCUUUUGGCUGUUCAACAACCUUGCCAGGCUCACCACCUGGUAUGUUCUUUUGACAGUCAUUUUCCGCUGUCCUUCGACGCCUGCCAAACUCACCGACACGACUCCACAAGUAUGUCACACAUACUUGAGCGUGAAGUCCUAUGCUCAACCGCACCUUCAACCUUACUACGAUGACUACGCAGCACCAUACGUGGCAAAAGCACAACCAUACGCCGACCUGGCCAACAGGAGGCUGGUUAGACCUGUAUCGAACUUCGUGCAGCUAAAUUACGACAAAUAUGCGUCACCGCAGCUUGAAUCCGCAAAGACACAUGUGCAAGCUCAAUGGGACAAGUCGGUUGUGCCACGAAUCAAUAAUGUCCAAGGAAACGCUGUCAAGAUAUAUGAUGCUAACCUUGCUCCACACGUUGAGAAGGUUGCAACAGUUGCAGGUCCCUACUACUCCUCGGGUCGCGAUUCCGCCGGCCAUCUAUACCAGCAAUACGUUCUUCCUUCGGUCAAACAAUCUCGUCCGUAUAUUCAAUCUGCCUACAAUUCCACCCAGCUCUUUGUCGCCACUACCGCAUACCCAGUGGCACGUCAUGCUUGGUCCGACUUGAUCAUUUUCGUGGAUGGCACUUUCUGGCCUUUUGUGAAAGGGCUUUAUAUUGACAAUGUUAGACCACAAUUGGUCAUGAUCAACGAAAGAGUGGCCAAAUAUCGCGAAUCCCGAAAGAUGAAAGCUGCCAUGGACGUCGUUGACAAGAGCACAACAGCCCCAGCUGCUUCAUCCACCCCAAUUGCAUCCUCGGUUCUAGACGAUGUGUACGCCAUGUUCAACACGGACGAAUCAUCUACCCCGGCAGCCACAGGCACAGUAGCACCAGAAUCAUCAGCGAAAGCAGAACCCAAAUGGGCUACCGAGGAACAGAUCUCCGAAGAUCUCGAAAUCUGGCAGAAGAAGUUUGCAGCCGCAGCCGACACGGGAAGUGACGAUCUUAGUGAGAGGGUGGCUUCCAUCGUGCAUAGCCUUGCCAAGAGCGACAUCGAAGGCAUGGGUCAGGGUUUGGCCACAGCCCUGGAAAAGACGAUCGAAAAUGAGAUCGAUAAUGUCAAGUCGAAGAUCAGAUCUGUCGUCGGUUCGCUCCCUGAGGAUGCAGGCUCCGAGGAGACCAAGAAGUCAGCAGAAGAGAUACUUGGCACAAUCAGAGCAUCAGGUGCUGAGAUCAAAGACCGUGCACAGAAGGUACGCGACUGGGCUCAGAACUUUGAGAAGGGUCUCAUUCAGAGACUGGCUGCUGCUUCUGCGUCGACAUUGGAGGUAUUGGACGGCAUCAAGGACCUUGGACUUCAGGAAGUCGGCAUGCGCUGGGCUUGGAUGGAAGGAGUCACCUAUAAACAUUGGGAAAAGUUCCAUGCAGUUCGGAAGCAACUUGAUGAAUGGAAGCAGGAAGUCCGUAACGUCGCCAUGGAAAACCCAGAAGCGGAAAAGGCCAUUGCUUCUGCUCGACAGAUCAUGGAAGAGAGUAUGGCAAUCACAGAAGAUGCCGCAAAAGAGCUGGUCCGACUCAAAAGUGUCGCGCAGUGGAAGCUGCGCGCCCGUGACGCGACGGACGACUUCGAGACAAAGAGCAUGCCCGCGGAAGCAGUAUCGGCAGCAUCGAGCUUGGCAUCUGAGUUGCAAGGUCUUCCUUCUCAGGGUGUGGAUUCUGCUAGCUCUGCCUUGUCUCAAGCAACCGAUGCCAUAGCAGAUGGCAUCUCAUCUGCUUCGUCUGCAGUUGUUGGAACCAGCACAGGCACCGUGGAAUCGGUAUCCUCACAGGCCAGUCAAUAUGCGGACUCGGCGCUUUCUUCUGCAUCAUCUGCAGUAGGUGCUGUCCCGGGCUAUGACUCCGUCAACUCCGCAGCUUCUUCAGCCAGCUCUGCGGCUGGGCAUGCUUACGAAUCUGCUUCUUCCAUUGUCGGCACCGGCACCGACGGCGCUGAAUCUGUGACGUCUCAGCUCAAAGCGUCUGCUUCCAGCCUGAGUCAAGAAGCCUCCAAGUCCGCCGGUUCGGCAUCCAGCGUCGUUUCAAGCUCGGCGUCAUCACUUGUGGGAUCUGUGUCUAUUCCUUCGUCAGAGGCAGCAUCUUCCGCCAGCUCUGUUUCUAGCUAUGCAUCCUCUAUUGUGGAAUCUGUUCCUACCCUUUCCACAGAUGCGCUUUCCUCCGCCAGUCUGGACGUGGAAGACCUUGCUAGUUCUGCUUCAUCGGCGGCAGACUCGGCCACCACCAAGGUGUCUAAAGUCUUUGCAGGGGCCAUGGCACAGAAGGUCAAGGGCACCACCCCCAUCUUGGACGAUGUCUUUGACGACGACACAGCAUCGAGCUUUUCCGAGAGAGUUCAGAGUGUUGUGAACGACGCAGGUGACCGAUAUGCUGAGGUUACACGAGCAGUAUCUGAGGCCAUAUACGGAACCACUCAAGGAACUGUUGAGAGUGCCACAUCUGUUGCAAGUGAACGAUAUUCCAGCGCUCUCGCCGCAGCUUCCAUUGCCAUAUACGGCACGCAACAAGGAAGCGUGGAAAGUAUUGCCAGUGUGGCAUCCGACAAAUACGAUCAAGCAGUUGCAGCUGCAAGCUCAGCCAUCUAUGGUACACCCGCUUCCGUCACGGACUCGAUACUUGGACAAGCAAAUUCCCUGUAUACCGAUGCCAUGAACAAAGCAGGUGAGCAAUACAGUGCCGCCAUGUCUGCCGCUUCUCAGCAAAUCUCUGGCACCCCAAAACCGGCUCAUGAGCAACUGCUCUCCUCUAUUCAGUCGGCUUAUGCAGAUGCAACCGCUGCUGCGAACAGCAGACUUGACUCUGCUUCUAGCGCAGCUUCGGGCCAAUAUUCCUCGUUGAGUACAGGAGCUUCGAGCGCCUAUCCCACCACAAACCCGCUCGAGUCUGUAACAUCUCUUGCAUCUUCGGUCUUGAGGGACUCCUUGGCUGCUGCGUCUGCGCAGUACUCCAAAGCCAAAAUCGCCGUCGGUGCCACGCCCGCCCCAGCUCACCAGAAAUAUCUGCAGGAAGCCCGGAAGAAUUACUAUGCUGCUAUGGGCAUGGCAUAUGAACAGUAUGACGAUUUUGUCAAUGCUGCUUCAGGCGCCAUCUAUGGAACCGCUACUCCUGCUCUCAGUAGUAUGUCUAGCGCCGCUUCAGCGGCGGUGUACGGAACUCCUGUCCCAGCAUACCAAAGCCUCUAUGAUGCUGCAGCCUCUCAAUAUUCGGCAGCUUCCUCCGCGGCAGCUGCCAGCCUUGAGUCCGCUCGCUCAUCACUAAAUUCGGCAGGUACGCCAGCGCAAGGCUAUCUGGAUCAAGCCCUGGAAGCAUAUUCCAGUGCCGUCGGGGCUGCAUCGUCCUCGCUGUCAUCGGCUUCGUAUGCUGCGAGCACCGCAAUCUAUGGUACACCUGCACCAUACUAUCAAAGUGCUCUUGACCAAGCUUCGUCCUCUUAUGCAGCUGCUUCUGCUGCUGCCGCGUCUCAGAUGUCGUCAAUGCUAGGCUCGGCCUCAUCGGCAGCUGGCAAGAAAUCACCUGCUCAGAGUGUGCUGGACAGCAUCUCCUCUCAAUAUGAUGUGGCCGUUUCGGCCGCGUCUUCGUCGUUGUCUUCAGCUAGCUACGCUGCCAGUACUGGUAUCUACGGCGCGCCUACUGGGUCAAUUGAGUCGAUUUCAAGUGUUGCCUCGCAGAACUGGGAGGCUCUUGUAUCCAAGGCCAGUGAACAGGUUUACGGCACUCCAAAACCUUUCACCGACCAAGCAGGCGACUACGCGGCGCAAGCGACCGACUACGCAAGCGAUCAAUACAUCAUUAUUCAGUCGUAUGUCUCCGAAUUGCUCGUGGGCAAAGAGCCAGAUUUCACAGAGUCCGCGAUGAGCAGACUGAGCUCUGCGUAUUACACUGGCUACUAUGCCUCAGCGGCUAGUCUGGCUAGCGUGAACAUUGAACAGAUGCCCUCUUACGAAGAGCCUGAGAUUGUAGAGAUGAAUUUCUUUUCCAGCGGUUUGGGCGUCGUCGGCCUUGUCUAUAUCUGGACAGUGCUGUCGUUGCAGAGAUACCUCGACGAGGGUCGCUCUGUGACUUGCAGCGUGGCAGGGACUGAGGCUGAUGGGUAAUGGGUUGGCCUAUUUCUGAACGCUCAAAUGAUACCUAUUUCGCUUGCUUGGUUUGCUUUUUAUGCGCGCUACAGUACGGUAUAGUCAUAUAGGUAUGUAACGAUUAAUCGAGAUGAUGAUACUCCAAUUACUUUGUCACU